CUGUCAUGGGGACAUUGUGGUGUGUCUGAUUAAAGAAAGAAAAAUAACCCCAUCAACAUCGGAAUUUGAGGAUUAACUGGUCGCAAACAGCAAAGGAAUCAUUAUUUAUACGGAGAAUUCAAGUGGCCCAUCGCGGCUCGCACCCGGCCGGCCAUGGCGGCGCAUAAACCCGUGGAAUGGGUUCAGGCCGUAAUUAGUAGAUUCGACGAGCAGCUUCCAGUCAAAGUGGGCCAACAGAACACUCACACCAAAGUCAGCACGGAGCACAACAAGGAAUGUCUGAUCAACAUCUCCAAGUACAAGUUCUCAUUGGUCAUCAGUGGCCUCACAAACAUACUGAAGAAUGUGAACAACAUGCGAAUAUUUGGGGAGGCUGCGGAGAAGAACCUCUAUCUCUCUCAGCUCAUCAUCCUGGACACACUGGAGAAGUGCCUUGCUGGGCAACAGAAGGACUGUAUGCGUCUGGACGAGACCAUGCUGGUGAAACAGCUGCUGCCAGAGAUCUGUCACUUCAUCCACACGUACCGUGAGGGCCACCAGCAUGCCGCCGAGUUACGUAGCUCCGCCUCCGGGGUCCUCUUCUCCCUCAGCUGCAACAACUUCAAUGCCGUGUUCAGCCGCAUCUCCACCAGGUUGCAGGAGCUCACCUUGUGUUCAGAGGACACAGUGGAUGUCCAUGACAUUGAGCUCAUACAGUACAUUAAUGUGGACUGUGCCAAGCUAAAGAAACUGCUCCAAGAGACGGUGUUUAAAUUCAAAGCCCUCAAGAAGCCUGCCCAGCUAAGUGUCAUCAACAGCUUAGAGAAGGCCUUCUGGAACUGGGUGGAGAACUACCCUGAUGAGUUCACCAUGCUAUACCAGAGGCCACAGACAGACAUGGCUGACUGUGCCGAGAAGCUGUUUGACCUGGUGGACAGUUUUGCUGAGAGUGCCAAGAGGAAGGCAGCCGUGUGGCCCCUGCAGAUCAUCCUCCUCAUCCUCUGUCCUAACAUCACACAGGACAUCUCCAGAGAGACUGUAGAGGACACCAAGGUCAACAAGAAACUGUUCCUGGAGAACCUGCGGAAGGCCCUGGCCGGCCACGGGGGCAGUAAACAGCUGACUGAGAGUGCUGCCAUCGCCUGUGUCAAACUUUGCAAGGCCUCCACCUACAUCAACUGGGAGGACCACUCUGUCAUCUUCCUCCUGGUGCAGUCCAUCGUAGUGGACCUCAAGGCCCUGCUCUUCAACCCAGCCAAGCCUUUCUCCAGAGGGGCGGGAAGCCAGAACGCAGACGUGGACCUCAUGAUCGACUGCUUUGUCUCCUGUUUCCGCAUCAAUCCCCACAACAACCAACACUUUAAGGUCUGCCUGGCGUCAUCCUCUCCUCCCACCUUUCACUUCGUCCUGGUCAACUCCCUAUACAGAAUCAUCACUAAUUCUCCAUUGGACUGGUGGCCUAAGAUUGACGCGGUGUACUGCUACUCAGGAGAGCUGAGGAUCAUGUUUUCUGAGACGCUGGGCCACGUGAUGAGAGGCUGCAGUACACACGCUCCCCUCCGCAUGACUCCGAGUCUGACCUUCAAGGAGAAGAUGACCAGUCUGAAGUUCAAGGAGAAGACCACAGACCUGGACACGCGUAGCCACAAGUACCUGCUGCUGGCCCUGGUCAAGCUCAUCCACGCUGACCCCAAACUCAUGCUGCAUAACCCGGGUAAGCAGGGUCAGGAGAUCCAGAGCAGUACAGCAGAGCUGAUCACCGGCCUGGUGCAACUGGUGCCUCUAGCCAACAUGGGAGAGUGUUCACAGGAAGCAAUGGAGGCCCUCUUGGUCCUGCAUCAACCUGAGACCAUAGAGCUGUGGAACCCAGAUGCUCCCAUUGAGACCUUUUGGGACAUCAGUUCCCAGGUCCUCUUCUUCAUCUGUAAGAAGCUGGUUGGCCACCAGAUGAUCAACAGUACAGAUAUCCUCAAGUGGCUGAGGGAGAUCCUCAUCUGCAGGAACAAGUUCCUCCUCAGGAACAAGGAGCAGGCCACGGUGGGCAGUGGCAUCCCCAUCUGCAGACAGGCCCAGACCAAGCUGGAGGUGUGUCUCUACAUGUUCCUGUGGAGCCCUGACAUGGAGGCCGUUCUGGUGGCCAUGUCCUGCUUCCGACACCUCUGUGAGGAGGCUGAGGUCCGCUGUGGAGUGGAUGAGGUCCCGGUGCAGACCAUCCUACCCAACUACAACACCUUCAUUGAGUUUGCCUCCGUCAGCAACAUGAUGUCCACAGGCCGCUCAGCCCUGCAGAAGAGAGUGAUGGCUCUGUUGAGGAGGAUAGAACACCCUACUGCAGGAAACACAGAGGCAUGGGAAGACACGCAUGCAAAAUGGGAGCAGGCGACCAAAUUAAUCCUCACCCAUCCCAAAACUAAGCUAGAGGAUGGCCAGGAGUGGAUCAACAUGACGGGCUUCCUGUGUGCUCUGGGAGGUGUGUGUCUGCAACAGCGCAGUGUCCCAGGCCUGGCCACCUACAGCCCACCCAUGGGGCCUCUCAGUGAGAGGAAGGGCUCCAUGAUCUCCAUGGGCUCUUGUGAGGGGAACACGGAGACGCCCCUGGGCCGCUUCCUGGACCGCCUACUGUCCCUCAUGGUGUGCAGCCAUGAGAAGGGUGUUCAGAUCCGGACCAAUGUUAAGGAUCUGGUGGGCCUGGAGCUCAGCCCGGCUCUCUACCCCAUGCUCUUCAACAAACUCAAGAACAGCAUCAGUCGCUUCUUCGACGCACAGGGGCCGGUUCCCAUCAAUGACACUAACACCCAGUUUGUGGAGCAGACCAUCGCCAUCAUGAAGAACCUACUGGACAACCACACUGAGGGCAGCUCAGAGCACCUGGGACAGGCCAGCAUAGAGACCAUGAUGCUCAACCUGGUCAGGUACGUGCGUAUCCUGGGCAACAUGGUGCAUGCCAUCCAGAUGAAGACCAAGCUGUGUCAGCUGGUGGAGGUGAUGAUGGAGAGACGAGACGAGCUGUCCUUCUGCCAGGAGAUGAAGUUCAGGAAUAAGAUGGUGGAGUACCUGACAGACUGGGUGAUGGGCACCUCAAACCAGGCGGCUGAUGAUGACGUCAAGUGUCUUACAAGGGACCUGGACCAGGCCAGUAUGGAGGCGGUGGUGUCUCUGCUAGCUGGCCUGCCCCUCCAGCCUGAGGAGGGAGACGGAGUGGAACUGAUGGAGGCCAAGUCCCAGCUCUUCCUCAAGUACUUCACCCUGUUCAUGAACCUGCUGAAUGACUGCAGUGAGGUAGAGGAUGAUGGGCAGCAGGUGGCAGGGAGGAAGAGGGGCAUGUCUCGACGCCUGGCCUCUCUCAGACACUGCACCGUCCUGGCCAUGUCCAACCUCCUCAACGCCAACGUGGACAGUGGCCUCAUGCACUCCAUCGGUCUGGGCUACCAUAAGGACCUGCAGACGCGGGCCACCUUCAUGGAGGUGCUGACUAAGAUCCUGCAGCAGGGGACAGAGUUUGACACACUGGCAGAGACAGUGCUGGCUGACCGGUUUGAGAGGCUGGUAGAGCUGGUCACCAUGAUGGGAGACCAGGGAGAGCUGCCUAUUGCCAUGGCACUGGCCAAUGUAGUGCCCUGCUCCCAGUGGGAUGAGCUGGCACGGGUUCUGGUGACUCUGUUUGACUCGCGCCACCUCCUCUACCAGUUGCUGUGGAACAUGUUCUCCAAGGAGGUGGAGCUUGCUGACUCCAUGCAGACACUUUUCAGAGGAAACAGUCUGGCCAGUAAAAUCAUGACCUUCUGCUUUAAGGUGUAUGGGGCCACGUACCUCCAGAAGCUUCUAGAGCCUCUUCUCAGAGGGGUCAUCACCGCCCCAGAGUGGCAGCUCAUCAGCUUCGAGGUGGACCCCACCAGGCUCGAGCAGAGUGAGAUCCUGGAGGAGAACCAGAGGAACCUGCUGCAGAUCACCAACCGCUUCUUUCUGGCCAUCAUCAACUCAUCCACAGAAUUCCCCCCUCAGCUGCGCAGUGUCUGUCACUGCCUGUUCCAGGCAACUUGCCACUCUCUACUGAAUAAAGCCACAGUUAAAGAGAAAAAGGAAAGCAAAAAAGCAGUGGUCAGCCAGCGUUUCCCCCAGAACAGCAUAGGGGCGGUGGGCAGUGCCAUGUUCCUGCGUUUUAUCAACCCUGCCAUAGUGUCGCCCUACGAGGCAGGCAUCCUGGAUAAGAAACCUCCUCCCAGGAUAGAGAGGGGCCUGAAGCUCAUGUCCAAGAUCCAGCAGAGCAUUGCCAACCAUGUUUUAUUCACCAAAGAGGAGCACAUGAGGCCUUUUAAUGACUUUGUCAAAAGCAACUUUGAUGCAGCUAGAAGGUUUUUCCUGGACAUUGCAUCAGACUGUCCUGCCAGUGACUCAGUCAACCACAGUCUGUCCUUCAUCAGUGAUGGCAAUGUUCUGGCCCUGCACCGGCUGCUGUGGAACAACCAGGAGAAGAUAGGACAGUACCUCUCCAGCAACAGGGAUCAUAAGGCAGUGGGAAGACGGCCUUUUGACAAGAUGGCCACCCUCCUGGCCUACCUGGGGCCCCCAGAGCACAAACCUGUGGCUGACACCCACUGGUCCAGCCUCAACCUCACCAGCUCCAAGUUUGAAGAGUUUAUGACAAGACACCAGGUACAUGAGAAAGACGAGUUCAAAGCCCUGAAGACCCUCAACAUCUUCUACCAGGCUGGCACCUCCAAGAACGGCAACCCUGUUUUCUACUACAUUACACGCAGAUUUAAGACGGGCCAGAUCAAUGGUGAUCUCCUCAUCUACCAUGUGCUGCUGACCCUGAAGCCCUACUACGCCAAGCCCUAUGAGAUCGUGGUGGACCUGACCCACGCUGGACCCAGCAACCGCUUCAAGACCGACUUCCUGUCCAAGUGGUUCGUGGUGUUCCCGGGCUUCGCCUACGAGAACGUGGCGGCCAUCUACAUCUACAACUGUAACACGUGGGUGAGGGAGUACACCAAGUACCACGAGAGGCUGCUGACGGGCCUGAAGGGGAGCAAGAAGCUGCUGUUCAUUGACUCCCCGGCGCGGCUAGCGGAGCACGUGGAGCCUGAUCAGCAGAAGCUACCUGCGGCCACGCUAGCUCUGGAGGAAGACCUCAAGGUGUUCCACAACGCCCUCAAACUGGCCCACAAGGACACCAAGGUCUCCAUCAAGGUGGGCUCCACGGCGGUCCAGGUGACGUCAGCAGAGCGAACCCGGGUCCUGGGCCAGUCGGUCUUCCUCAACGACAUCUACUACGCCUCGGAGAUCGAGGAGAUCUGCCUGGUGGACGAGAACCAGUUCACCCUGACCAUCGCCAACCAGGGCACUCCGCUCACCUUCAUGCACCAGGAGUGUGAGGCCAUCGUCCACUCCAUCAUCCACAUCAGGACGCGCUGGGAGCUGUCCCAGCCUGACUCCAUCCCCCAGCACACCAAGAUCAGGCCCAAAGACGUGCCGGGCACCCUGCUCAACAUCGCCCUGCUCAACCUGGGUAGCUCUGACCCCAGCCUCAGGUCUGCAGCCUACAACCUGCUGUGUGCCUUAACCUGCACCUUCAACCUGAAGAUAGAAGGCCAGCUGCUGGAGACCUCAGGGCUGUGUAUCCCUGCCAACAACACGCUUUUCAUAGUGUCCAUCAGCAAGACGCUGGCUGCUAACGAACCACAUCUCACCCUGGAGUUCCUGGAGGAGUGUAUCUCUGGCUUCAGCAAAUCCAGUAUUGAGCUAAAGCACCUGUGUCUGGAGUACAUGACCCCCUGGCUACUCAACCUAGUGAGGUUCUGUAAGCACAACGACGACGCCAAGCGCCAGCGGGUCACUGCCAUCCUGGAUAAGCUCAUCACCAUGACCAUCAACGAGAAGCAGAUGUACCCCUCUAUCCAGGCUAAGAUCUGGGGUAGUCUGGGACAGAUAACAGACCUGCUGGACGUGGUGUUGGACAGCUUCAUCAAGACCAGCGCUACAGGAGGCCUGGGAUCCAUCAAAGCUGAGGUGAUGGCCGACACGGCUGUGGCUCUGGCCUCAGGGAACGUAAAGUUGGUGUCCAGCAAGGUGAUCAUCCGCAUGUGUAAGAUCAUCGAUAAGACGUGUCUGUCUCCCACGCCCACCCUGGAGCAGCACCUGAUGUGGGAUGACAUAGCCAUCCUGGCCCGCUACAUGCUCAUGCUGUCCUUCAACAACUCUCUGGACGUGGCCACACACCUGCCCUACCUGUUUCAUGUGGUCACUCUGCUGGUGGCCACCGGUCCCCUGUCCCUACGGGCCUCCACACACGGCUUGGUCAUCAACAUAAUCCACUCCCUCUGUACCUGCUCCCAGCUCAACUUCAGUGAGGAGACCAAGCAGGUCCUGAGGCUGAGCCUGACAGAGUUCUCCCUGCCUAAGUUCUACCUGCUGUUCGGCAUCAGUAAGGUCAAGUCUGCUGCGGUCAUCGCCUUCCGCUCCAGCUACCGCGACCGCUCCUUCUCCCCUGGGUCAUACGAGAGGGAGACCUUCGCCCUCUCCUCCCUGGAGACUGUCACCGAGGCCCUGCUGGAGAUCAUGGAGGCCUGUAUGAGGGACAUCCCUGGCUGUAAGUGGCUGGACCAGUGGACAGAGCUGGCUCAGAGGUUUGCGUUCCAGUACAACCCGUCCCUGCAGCCUAGAGCCCUGGUGGUGUUUGGCUGCAUCAGUAAGAGGGUGACCCACGGCCAGAUCAAACAGAUCAUCAGGAUCCUCAGCAAGGCCAGCCCCCUGCUCAGCAUAGACCGGGGUCUGGAGAGCUGUCUAAAGGGACCUGAUAACUACAACAGCCAGGUGUUAAUAGAAGCCACAGUCAUUGCUCUCACCAAGCUACAGCCGCUCCUCAACAAGGACUCCCCCAUGCACAAGGCUCUGUUCUGGGUGGCCGUGGCUGUGCUCCAGCUGGACGAGGUCAACCUCUACUCUGCCGGCACCGCCCUGCUGGAGCAGAACCUCCACACACUGGACAGCCUCAGGGUCUUCAAUGACAAGAGUCCAGAGGAGGUGUUUAUGGAGAUCAGGAAGCCUCUGGAGUGGCACUGUAAACAGAUGGACCACUUCGUGGGCCUCAACUUCAACUCCAACUUCAACUUUGCACUAGUGGGUCACCUGUUGAAAGGGUACAGACACCCCUCCCCCAACACAGUGGCGCGGACCAUCCGGAUCCUCCACACACUGCUGGCCCUGGUGGGAAAACACCUCAACUGUGACAAGUUUGAGGUGAACACCCAGAGUGUGGCCUACCUGGCAGCUCUCCUCACUGUCUCGGAGGAGGUCCGCAGCCGCUGCAGCCUCAAGCACAGGAAGUCCCUGCUCCUCUCAGACGUUACCAUGGAGAAUGUUCCCAUGGACACGUACUCUGUGCACCACAGCGACCCCAGCUGCCGAACUCUUAGGGAGAGUCAGCCGUGGACGUCCCCCAAGGUGUCGGAGCGCUACUUAGUGGUCCACUACCCCACAGGGGGGCAGAUCAGCCCGCGCACACGGAAGUCCAUGAGCCUGGACAUGGGCCAGCCUUCCCAAGCAAACACUAAGAAACUGCUGGGCACUAGGAAGAGUUUUGAUCACUUGAUAUCAGACACUAAAGCACCAAAGAGGCCAGAGAUGGAGUCUGGAAUCACCACGCCUCCAAAGAUGAGGAGGGUGGCGGAGAACGAUUACGAGUGUCCAGAAUCGACCCAAAGAAUCUCCCACCAUACCCUGAGGAAGGUGUCUGUGUCAGAGUCCAACGUGCUGCUGGAUGAAGAGGUCCUCACAGACCCCAAGAUCCAGGCUCUGCUGCUCACUGUCCUGGCUACGUUGGUGAAGAAUACAACAGAUGAGUUUGACCAGAGAAUCCUCUACGAGUUUUUAGCUGAAGCUAGUGUUGUCUUCCCUAAAGUCUUUCCAGUUGUUCAUAACCUGCUGGACUCGAAGAUCAACACCCUCCUAUCACUUUGCCAGGACCCUAACCUCUUAAACCCCAUCCAUGGCAUCGUGCAAAGUGUGGUGUACCACGAGGAGUCACCCCCCCAGUACCAGCCCUCCUACCUGCAGAGCUUUGGGUUUAAUGGUCUAUGGAGAUUCGCUGGGCCCUUCUCAAAGCAAACCCAGUUCCCAGACUACGCUGAGCUGAUAGUGAAGUUUCUGGAUGCUUUGAUUGACACGUAUCUGCCGGGGAUCGACGAGGAGACGAGCGAGGAGUGUCUGCGUACGCCCACGUCGCCCUACCCCCCGCCCGCCCAGAGCCAGCUCAGCAUCACAGCCAACCUCAACCUCUCCAACUCCAUGACCUCACUGGCCACCUCCCAGCACUCCCCAGGCAUCGACAAGGAGAACGUGGAGCUCUCUCCGACCACGGGUCACAGCAACAGCGGGCGCACGCGCCAUGGUUCUGCAAGCCAGGUGCAGAAACAGCGCAGUGCAGGCAGCUUCAAACGGCCCAGCAUCAAGAAGAUUGUAUGAGAGAGGCCCACCACUAGGACCCCAUACCGGGGUCGCCCACGCCAGUCAUCAUGCUGCACUUCUACUCCAACUCUCCUGUCCUAUCAAUCUCUCUCGCUCUCGCUCUCGCUCUCUCUCAGCCUUGAUUCUCCUCAGUUUCCUUUUGUUGUUUUUUGUGUGUUUUCUUUACCCUAACCCGUCCAGUCAGCCAUAUUUGCUUGACGAUCAACAUAUAUUGAAGAACUGUUUUGCAGUUUUGUUUGUGAAACAGUCAGUGUCUGAGUCUGGCAUUGUUUUAUGUUUGGUCUUUUUGUGUCACAUAAUGAGCUACAUUGGAAUCCUUUUUUAAAAACAGCAUUAGUUGAAAGAAAGCACUGACAUUGACAACACAGCAGAAACAGUAGGGAUCAUAGUAUCUGAAGCCAUUUUGUUGUCUUGCUUCUUUGUCUUGGUUUAAUUCUCUAUCAUAAUGAAAAAGUAUUACAAGAAAACAAUUUCUGUGAUUUGCACAACUUUCUGUAAUUCAACAUGCAUGUACAUUUGUUAGUUUUUUGCCUUUAAGUGUUGUUAGUAGAAGGACAUUUUUCUUCAAGCUGAGAGAGCUUUGCCAAUGGGACUGAACUAGAUCAAAUUAUAAACUGCAAAUGCCUCUCAUUGAGACACAUGGAAAUGACAAGAGGGAUUGGACCUUGAAAGGUAUCCCUCAGAGUGACACUGCAAAGGGACAGCACUACCCUGACACACACCAUUCUGGAGGAAAUCACUGAAAGCACUAAAACCUUCCUGUAUUUGCAACAUCUGUGAAAAGCAUGGACAACAACAGACAUUAGUGUUUUACUGUGCUGUGGAGGUGGGAGCUGGAUGAUCGAUUUGGCCUGUUUGAGCUUUGUCAGGCACAAUCCAAUGAUGGCCAAGCCAUGUGUCUUUAUUGGUUACUGAUUGUCAAAGCUGUGGGGAUUCCUCUUGAUUAGGUGGUAUUUUUAUUCUUACAUGAUGGAGUGCCAGAGAGGGUCCACUAGACAUGCCACUCUGCUGUUGGAGGACAGCAGCCUUGCAGGUUUCAGAGCUUAAGCUUUUAAUCAGCACCCUAUUCACGUUUCACAACACUAUGUCAGGGAAAGUUGGGAAGGAAAAUCUGGAGGAAAAACAGGACUAGACAAUGUCCUCCUAUGUUGGAAUGGACAUUGGAAAUCGGCCUUAGCUUUGAAAUAUAUAAUAUCUAUAGUGGUAGUCUCUCAGUAAUAAUUGUCUCAUUCUUGCCCACACUUACUAUACACACACAACACACACUUGGGAGGUUGUUUUGUUCAUUGUGUGCCUUUUCUAGGGUUUUCAGAUGUGUGUGUGUGUGUGUGUGUAUAUAUAUGUAUAUAUAUCACACACACACAAUACCUUAUGAUACAAGCAUACAGUGAUUUCUAAUCAGCUGCCUGAUAAUAAUUAACCUAUAUGGUUAAAUAUUCAUAUAAAACAUUGUUAACAUUCUGUUCCACUUGUCAAAACAAGUAUUCAAACAGAAAUUCCAUGACUCUAGGGACCAGAUUUGCCGAGGGUUUGCAUCUGCAAAUGUUGCACCUGUAUUUAAGAGUGAAUGAAAUGUUGAAGUCAGAACAGUAUUGUUUUCAGUUUGCUAUUUGUUUUGUGAAAAUUGGUGCCAAUUAUGUUCUGGUUCGAAAGCUAAAGUCAAGUCUGUUCAUUAUGUAAAUAGUAAAAUAAUGUAAGUUAAUUACAAUCAAAUUGUAUUGGUCGCAUACACAAUGAUAUAGUUAUGAUUUAUUUUAGAAUUUAUUAUAAUUUUAUCAUUGCAAAAUAAAUAUUUAAUUUGAAAGAUUUGAAAUAUUAAUUAAUUAAAAAUAACCUAUGGUAGUAAUCACCUCAAGACACAUACCUACUGAAUAGUGUUUUCCAUGUUUAAAAUCAGCUUACUGAAAUGCUGACAAAAAAAAGCAUUGUGAGGGAUUGAGACAAUAGUCAGACAGUCUGUUCUCAGAUAUGAGAACUAUGUGUAUUGGGAGUAUAGCUGUACAGGGUGUUACUGGCCCUUCUUGCCAUUGUCUUCCCUCAUUAGUCGAUAGUGUGGCACAUGUAAAGGUAUAGGCAUAGGGGUCAGUCCCAUGAUGCAGUGCGGCAAGCCCUGUGAUGCUGCACCAAAGACUAGCUUGCAGUAGCGAAAGGAAAAUCAAACCUGUUCUGUAGUUUUAUCAUUGUUGACUUUCUCUGAACCUUUUCAGUUGUUCCAAUAUGCCUUGCACAGACUGAACGUGUGGCAAACAGUAGAGACUUUCCUUUCUCUAACAACAAGGUACAGUUUGUUGAGCAGCACAGGAGUCCUCUGGUCACACCAUUCAAUUUCUCGUGGAGCCUGGUUCCUCAUUUCUGCUGUUUGAGGUUAUGUGUACCAGGUAUCCAACCAGUGCCAUACAUUGAGUCUCUAAGUCAUGGUUGCUUUGGAUGCUUGUGCCAACUCCUUCAGAAUGUUUUUUGUAAGUGUACUUGUUACCAUUAUGAUAAUCCUGGGGUAAAACACAAUUCCUUUAGAUGUUUUUGACUUGCCUUUGCUGAGGAGAGCAUGUGUAUUAUGUACACUGAGUAGGAGUUGGUGUAUAAAAAGGAGUAUAGAGAGAGGGCGAGGGAGGAUAUGAAGACUGACAGUUUAAAAAAACACUAGUGAAUGUUUUACCCGGCCACUUAGUUUGUCACAUACAUCCAGCCAUCUUAACAAUCAACAACCAUGCUCAACCAUACAUUUGUUUUUCUAUUCUAUUAAUCUGGUUUAGAUUUGACAUGAUGACCACAAGAAAAUGAACAAUGUGCACACUUAGUUGUUUUUUCCAAAUGCAAAGUGUGUUGGUGCUGUUGAGAGGUAAUGAACCUUGUAUAAUGAAGUUGAACUCCAUGCCUGGAUUUUGUUUACAAAUGUUUUAUUAUACUUGAAUCAGGAGGAUAUAUGUCCAGAAGAAGCAGUUGCAUAUAAUGGAAAAGGAAAAAAUUAAGAUUUAAAGAUAAAAUGGAACAAGUUUACCAAACGCAAUCAACAAGAUUUCAAAAGAUCUAGUGUGAAGGAAACCAAAGUUAAGGAUUGGCAAUAUAGUACAAACAAACUCUGAAACUACUGUGUAUUGAUAUAAUCAUCUGAGAUGUCCAAUAUACUAACCCACAAAUUACAGUUUGCUUUUUUAUGGGUAUGAUAAAUGAUACAACUAGUGAAAGAGAGAUGGACCAAGCUAUGAAUCAAUGGUUUUUGCUUUUUAGUCAGAACCGCAGCAUUCGUCAUCAUGUGCUAUGAUGUGUGUAUCGUAAAAGUGUCAGUUAUUUAGUUCUGUCCUCAUCAGACUUUUAGGAACUAUACAGAUCUCUGUUUCAAGCUCAUAUGCUUUGAAGAGUGAACCCAACCAACUGUUUUUAUUUUAUAUUUCUAUAUUUUACAGUGUAUACCAGGCAGACAGAACACUUUGAUAACUAUCUUCAAUGGACCCCUUCUUCUCAGUGUCUCAUCUGAAAGUGUAGGCCAGAGGGAAUGUUUUUGCCUUGGUUUUACUUAAUGGAAAUGUGCCACUUUAAAGAACUGAAAGGAAUUAAUUCACAUACAAUGUGUCCUAAUUUGAAUGAAUUGAACAUGUCUGUACUUGAAGUCUCCUAACAUUUAUUUGCAGCAGCGCAGAAGAGACAGUAUAUACAGUCGUGGUCAAAAGUUUUGAGAAUGACACAAGUAUUGGUCUUCACAAA